CGAACAUACGAUUAUUUCCGCCAGUUUCGUGCAGUUGAGGCAAUGCCGAAAUUUCCCCUCCAUCAUCGGCCUUUUCUUUUCUGCACCGACUUGCGUCAACUCGGAUGCUGGUCCGUGUCGCGCUAAUUUUCCCGUAAUAUUUUAUCAAAAUGGGGUUCGUUAAAGUUGUGAAGAACAAACAAUACUUCAAGCGUUACCAAGUUAAAUUCAAGAGGCGUCGUGAGGGAAAGACUGACUACUAUGCCCGUAAACGUCUCAUCUUCCAAGACAAGAACAAAUACAACACGCCAAAAUAUCGGCUGAUUGUUCGCCUGAGCAACAGGGACAUUACAUGCCAGAUCGCCUACUCCAGGAUUGAGGGUGAUCGCAUCGUGUGUGCAGCCUACUCGCAUGAAUUAGCGAAAUAUGGAGUGAAAGUUGGUUUGACAAACUACGCCGCCGCCUACUGCACUGGCUUGCUUGUAGCCCGGCGUAUCCUCCAGAAGUUGGGGUUGGACUCGCUCUAUGCUGGCUGCACUGAAGUCACCGGCGAGGAAUACAAUGUUGAACCCGUCGCUGAUGGACCCGGUGCAUUCCGUUGCUACUUGGAUGUUGGCUUGAGUCGCACAACCACUGGAGCCCGAGUUUUCGGAGCCAUGAAAGGCGCUGUCGAUGGUGGCUUAAAUAUCCCGCAUUCAGUUAAGCGUUUCCCCGGCUACUCGGCGGAAACCAAGAGUUUCAAUGCUGACGUACAUCGCGCUCACAUUUUCGGCCAACAUGUUGCCGAUUACAUGCGCACCCUCGAGGAGGAGGACGAAGAGGCGUUCAAGAGACAAUUCAGCAAGUACAUCAGUUUGGGAAUCCGCGCUGAUGAUCUUGAAGAAAUCUACAAAAAGGCACAUGCUAACAUUCGUAGCGACCCAUCCCACAAGAAGGUCGAGAAGAAGGCCGGCAUUGUUAAGAAGAGGUUGAACGCUAAGAAAUUGACCCUCGAACAGCGCAAACAACGUGUAGCUGAUCGUAAGGCAGCAUUCUUGGCAAAACUCCAAACUGAAUCCGAGGCUUAAGUACACUGUGUGCGGAGUGGAGGGGCAAGCCUGAAAAGUGCUUGCCAAAUAAUUUUACAAUGAGAAUAAGAUCAUUAAGGAAUGUCUAAUUGUAAUUGAGUUUUCAUACUGAAGCCUUGAGUGUUUAUUUUAAACGAAUAAACUACUAAACUGAAAAGAU